UUCUGGGCGUGGUCUGUGCAGUUUGCUGUCAUGGCGGACUACAAGGAGGCUCAUCUGGCUACACGGCCGAAAACAUUAGAUCCAGCCGAAUAUUUUAAUCUUUCACCUGAUUACAGACGGGCUGAGGAGGAGAGAGCGGCUUUAAGGAGUCAACUGAAGAGGCAAUAUCUGGUGCAACUAAACAACCCUCACCGGAAAGAGCUUAUCGAGGAUCCUGCUCUCACAAGAUGGACAUAUGCACGCACCAGCAAUGUAUACCCCAACUUCAGACCAACUCCUAAAACGUCAUUGUUGGGUGGCUUGUUUGGAGUUGUACCCCUUUUUGUCUUGUACUUCGUGUUUAAGACCGACAGGGACAAAAGGGAGGACAAGAUAAAGGCAGGGAACUAUGAGCGCCCCUAUAAGCUGUCAUCCUGAGAGCAAGUUGUGUUCUGAUUUAACUGUAUAUUGUAUCAAAUAAAUAAAAAUACUUUCUUGGUGAAAA